GAACUCUUCCCGAAACUCCGGCGAGAGGCUGGAAUGUGGAGCAUCUCCUGAGUUUGGGACCAAGCGCCGUGUCCGUCUCAGUCGCGGGCAGUCACGCUUGGCUGGGGAAUCUCAGCCACUGUCCGGUCAAAACAGGACGCUCCGCAGAGAGCUGCUCGAACUGCGGGUUAAUUGGCAAAAAGACAGGGACCUCAAACUGCUGCUGAACACACACAGAGAGAGAGAGAGAGAAUCCUCACCGCGGAUCCAAUGAAACUCACCCUGUGCAUGUGACCACAAGCUAUUAUCUCCAGACCAGGAAAACCCCCCUCUUAAGAAAAUAAACAGAGAGAGAGAAAUAUUGGCUCUGAGCAGAUUAGAUCGAGGAGGGGAAACGUUUUAUUGCUCUCCACACUGUCCAGUCCCAGGAUAAAGCCUCAACCCCAUACCCAUCACUUCUCCCAAGACAAACGGAAGGGGAUGAUUCCCGAAGACUCCUCUCAAUGAAAGAAUGAAUCUUCAACUUCAAAGAUCCCAGAACGAUAAGAAUGAUUCCCUGUGGAACACCAUAUUGCAGCUGGAUGUAUUCUAAGGUUCAAAUUUCCUCUGCAGCUCUUCUCUUUCUUCUUGUCACUGUAAACCAAGGAACAUGCGAUUCACUCAAAGGUCAAAAAGCAGUUUUCCAGCUUUAUGCACCAGAUGAAUAUGGGACGCUGUCACCAGAAGUAAACAUUCCUUCACUUGGUAGUUUCACACUCUGCAUAAACAUCAGGCUAAGACAGAAUAAUAAAGAUGGGAUGGUAGUAUUUACCUAUAAUACAGACAUGAAACGUGCACGUUCUGUACCCCAUCAUGAACUUGGCAUCAUGAUAAAAAACAGAAAACCCAGAAUCUGGUUGUUUCAUAAGCAGAUUGAUGUAGAGAAUGGUAUUUCCUUAGGUAAUUGGCACACUGUGUGCUUAACGUGGAAUGGAAAUACUCGUGAAGCACAUGUAUACUUGAAUAAAAUACAUGUGCUUUCAAGAACACUGAACAAUGCUUACAGCCUUGCCCACAAUGGUAGCUUGGUUCUUGGUCGAAAGCACAGUCGAAGGGCUGACCGGUUGAGAUUGGAUCGGAAGAUAUUUGUUGGAGACUUGUAUUUGUUCAGAUUGUGGGAUUAUGCAAAAGGACAUCAGUCAAUAUUGCAACUGGACUGUGAAGAUGGAAAUGUCGUCACCUGGGACAGCUGGCAAUGGGACUUUAUGGGAUCAAUAUUGAAAUACGAUCCCUCACUGCCUUGCAGUAAAGCGGUUUUCAAAUCUCGGUUCAAACGUUCAGAUUCAGCGACUGAUUGUGACAAGAGUGAGGAAUGUCAAAAGCCUAAAGGAAGAACACCGACAGGUACCACACCGUCAAAAGUUACAUUAAGACCAUCAAGCACAAAAGAAACCAGCACAACAUCUACUGGGAUAUCAUCUCCACCAAACACGACAGAAGUCAGCACAACACCUCCUGAGAUAUCAAAUCCACCAAAUACAACAGAAAGCAGCACAAUUGUUACUGGGACAUCACGUGCAUUGCAUAGAACAGAAGUCAACCCAACACUUCCUGAGAUAUCAAAUCCACCAAAUACAACAGAAAUCAGUGCAACACCUUCUGAGAUAUCACCUCCACCGAAUACAACAGAAAUCAACACAUCACGUACUGGGAUAUUACCUCGACCGAACAGAACAGAGAACACUGCAACACUUACUGUGACAUCAUCUCCACCAAACACAACAGAGAACAGAAUGACACUUAAUGGGAUAUCAUCUCCACCAAACACUACAGACAAUUCCUUUACCAAUGCAGCCAUUUCACCUGUGACAGAAAAUACCACAACACUUACUGGGACAUCAUCGCCACCAAACACAACAGAGAACAGCACGACACUUACUGGGACAUUACCUCCACAAAACACAACAGGGAAUUCCUUUACCAAUGCAACCAUUUCACCUAUGACAGUUAACAACUCGACAGUUACUGGCUUAUCACCUCCAUGGGACCAAACAGGGAAGUUCAUCAGUGAUAUGACCACCUCACCCAAGACAGUGAACAUGACUAUUACUGGGACAUCAUCUCCACAGAACACAACAGAGUAUUCAUUUACCAAUAUGACCAUCUCAUUUGGGACAGGAAAUCCUGUUAUCAAUAAGACUGGCUCUUCUGGGACAGGGGAAUCCAUGCUUACCAAUGGGACAUCAUCUCCACAGAUCAUAACAGUGAACAUUACGACAGACACUGAGACAUCACUUCCACAGAUAACAACAGUGAACAACAGUCCUGAAGAUGGAACAUUCACUACACAGAACACAACAGUGUACACUACACCAUCACCACAGAAUACAACAGCAAGCACCGUGACUACUAAUGAGACAUUAUCUACACAGAAGAUCACAGUGUACAUCGUUACUAUGAAUAAUACAUCCAUUGCACAGAACACAACAGGGAUGACCACGACUACAAAAAGGACAUCACCUUCACAAAUCAUACCAGUGAACAGCACAAUUAUUACGAUGACACCGCCUCUACAGGACACAACAGUGAACAGGACAGCGACAUCACCUCCACAGAACACAACAGUGAACAGCACAAUUAUUACGAUGUCACCGCCUCUCCAGAACACAACAGUGAACAGGACAGCGACAUCACCUCCACAGAACACAACAGUGAACAGCACAAUUAUUACGAUGACACCGCCUCUACAGAACACAACAGUGAACGGUACAGAGACAUCACCUCCACAGAACACAACAGAAAAUCCACUCAUGAUUAGUCCUACAGAUGCAAGUGCUGUUGCUUUAAUUGUGAGCCAACUGGAGAAAAUAUUGCAACAGGACAGCAUAAAUGAGGGGCUGGCAGUAACACUUAUUAACACGAUAAGCAACCUCAUCAAUGCUUCACUUGAUGCUGUUGCCUCAUCUUCCAGACAGAUAUUGGAUAUUGUGGACAGAAUCGGCGAGAAGCUUCAAUUUUCAACUGAGUCAAUAAACAUCACCUCCCCUUUCUUGGCUCUGGCUGUGAACAAAAUCAAUGCUACUGCCUUCGGCGGGGCAGACUUCAGCAUCAGCAACAUUACCAAUCUGCAGGACUCUCUAGAUGAAGGAUCACCUCAGGCAGGUUUUGCAAUGAUUGAACUUCCAUCCUCCCUAUUCAAGAAUCUCUCUUCAGAGGAGCUGGAUAGCGUUUCGAGAAUUCAAUUCUCUUUCCAUGAGAAACCAACAUUGUUCCAGAAUUCCAACAUUACCAACACAUUUAUGUUGAAUAGUCACAUCAUUGCAUCCAGUGUUAAUGCAAAUACCAGCAUCAGUGACUUGGCGGAUCCAGUCAAAAUCACAUUCAAGAAUCUUCAGCUCACUCAGGAUAAUCUUACUGUGGAGUGUGUAUUCUGGGAUUUCUUGAAAAACAAUGGCAGUGGUGGAUGGAAUUCGCAAGGUUGUACAACAGCACAGAUCACAUCGAAUCAGACUGUAUGUGAAUGCAAUCAUCUGACCCAUUUCGGUGUCUUACUGGCGAUUUCCAGAGAACCUAUAACUGAUCUUGUCCAGCAGCGAAUUCUUAGUUUCAUCACCUACAUAGGAUGUGGCCUUUCUUCGAUUUGCUUGGCUAUGACCUUGGUGACAUACCUUCUUUUUGAAAAACUUCGCAGAGAUUACCCUUCAAAAAUCCUGAUAAACCUUUGCACAGCCCUGCUGUUCCUCAAUAUGGUCUUCCUCAUUGAUUCCUGGAUUGCUAUCUAUGAUAUCGAAGGUCUAUGUAUUGCUGUAGCUGCCUUGCUCCAUUAUUUCCUGUUGGCCUCCUUCACCUGGAUGAGCCUUGAGGCUCUCCACAUGUACCUGGCUCUAGUUAAAGUCUUCAACACUUAUGUGCGCAAAUACAUAUUGAAAUUCUGCAUUCUUGGCUGGGGCAUCCCCAUCGUGGUGGUAGCCAUUAUACUUGGUACUGGUGCUAAUGGACAACACAACUAUGGAUCAGGAUCAUACGGAAGGGAUGACAAUACUACCUUGGAUGAGUUCUGCUGGAUCAACAAUGACACAACAUUCUAUGUUGCCGCAGUUGGGUAUUUCUGUAUAAUGUUCCUUGUGAACCUUAGCAUGUUUAUUGUAGUGUUGACUCAACUCUGUCAAAUAAAAAGCAAGAAGCACCAUCGGAAUGCACAGAAGAGUGUGUUCCGAGACAUGAGAAGUGUGGCUGGCCUCACCUUCUUACUUGGAAUCACAUGGGGAUUUGCCUUCUUCGCAUGGGGCCCAGUAAACCUUCCAUUUAUGUACCUCUUCGCCAUCUUCAACACUCUGCAAGGAACCUUUAUCUUCAUUUUCCAUUGUGCAAUCAAAGAAAAUGUCCAGAAAGAGUGGAGGAGACAUUUGUGCUGUGGCAAGUUGACGUUGCCUGAAUAUUCAGAUUGGAGCAUAACAGCAACAAACAACACAAAGAAGCUGCAAUCUCGAGUCCAAGGCAUGUCUCUAUCCUCAACUUCCAACAACUCCUUACAGUCCACCUCCCCGCUUUAUCCAGCCCGCGACUACUCCUGUCACCCCAAUGUAAAUGGUGCUAGGCUGUAAAGUUGCAACCUCACAUCCCUCAAGCAUGGACUUUCAGCUUGACUGCAUUACGAACCCUCCUGAUUUAAAGGACAAACGUUGAAUGAGACAAUAUUCAACCACCCUGUCUGAAAUGGAAACUAAGCAAACAUUCACUUUCAGAAGUUCUUAAAAAUACUUUAAAAUCUCUAGAUAGCUCAACUGUAUCUACCUAAUGUAACACAGAAUUGAAGUUAAUAGUAUUUGCAAAACUAACAAAUAUACUUUGAAGGCCUGAGAUCUGUUCUGCAAAGAAAAUUUUGAAGUGAAGAUUUGAUUAUAUUGUUAUGGUUAGAAAUGUUUCUACAUGAUGAGCCCAUGGAUAUGAAGAUCAUAUAAAUGUCAAUGCAAUAUUAUUUAAAACACAGCCUAAUGCAGCUUGU